UCUCACCAACUCACAGCUCAGUUUAGGGGUCCGAAAAUCAGUGAAGCUUGCGAACAUGAAGGCGUUUGUGGUGCUGUCGAUGGCCGUGGCCAUCGUGUCCUGUGCGGCAGUCGACAAGGAGUCCGCCUCCAAGAAGGACAAGCGUGGCCUGUGGGAGCUGGGACACGAAUGGAGUGGACAGGGGUUUGACAGCUAUGACCACCACACCAAGGUGCACCAUCACACCAAGGAGGUUGUGACGAAGCACGUGGAUCGACCUGUGCCGUACCCGGUUGAAGUGAUCAAGAAGGUUCACGUUGACCGACCUGUCCCAUAUCCGGUCGACCGUCCGUACCCCGUGGAAAUAAUCAAACACGUUGAUCGUCCUUAUCCAGUUGAGGUCGUCAAGAAGGUUCACGUUGACCGUCCCGUCCCAUACCCAGUGGAAGUGAUCAAGCACGUUGACCGUCCCUACCCAGUGGAGGUCGUCAAGAAGGUUCCAGUUGUUGUGGAGAAGAAGGUUCCGUAUCCAGUGGAAGUGAUCAAGCAUGUCGACCGCCCUUACCCAGUGGAAGUCGUCAAGAAGGUCCCGUAUCCAGUGGAAGUUAUCAAGCAUGUUGACCGUCCUUACCCAGUGGAGGUCGUCAAGAAGGUCCAUGUUGACCGUCCGGUCCCAUACCCGGUGGAGGUCGUGAAGAAGGUCCCUGUCCAUGUGGAUCGCCCUGUCCCAUAUCCAGUGGAGGUCGUCAAGAAGGUCCCAGUCCACGUUGACCGUCCCGUUCCAUACCCAGUGGAAGUCGUCAAGAAGGUUCAUGUUGACCGUCCCGUCCCGUACCCAGUCGAUCGUCCCGUCCACGUUGACCGUCCCGUCCCAUACCCAGUGGAGGUCGUCAAGAAGGUCCCAGUGGUCCACAAGGAGUUCGUCGAAGUGCCGAAGCCUUACGCAGUUCAUGUCGAGAAGCCCGUCCCAGUGUUCGUCGAUAAGAACCAGCACCAGCACCAUCACCAUCAGGAGCAGCACUAGGAUCAGUACUGAGAGUGCCCUGAACGUGAGAGAUUGAUUGUAAAUAAAUGUUGAGUUUUGUUGAGCAUUGA